AAUACGAAUCAUUACCAUUCAUUUUGUGCAUUACCAUUCAAAAAUGUGCAAUACUUAAGCACACCAUAGCCUUUUGCAACAAUUCAUUCAAUAUCGCCUCUUGUUUGCUUAUUUACACACAAGCGCGGAAAAAAAGUCUGCAGUCGUAAACUCGGCAUAAGAAUCGCUAGAAUCGACUAAUGCAGCAGCACAGUACAGACAGAUAAACAAGGCGUGACGAUGAUCCACCGGAGGGUUUUAUUUUUUAGUUGCGUGACAUCAUCUCAUGCGAAGAAAGGGGGCCUCUUAACAUACACUUACUUGCAAUAACGUUGUCAUACGAAAUUAGAACAGUGAUUUAGUGGGAUAGGAAUUAUAUUAAAAAACAAAAGAAGAUCAUUGAAGCUGAACUUUUUCUUUUGUCUUUUAAUGUAUUCCUUUCUCACUAAAUUACUAAUGUUCUAGUAUCGUAUGACAACGUUCUUGCAAGUAGGUGUAUCUAGUGUUGGCGACAACAUUUUAACACCAGAAAAAAUUGAUGUCUUUUUUGUGCUGUAAAAUAACAACUACAAGUGGUUUAAAACUACUCGUUGGUUGUGUGGUGACAUGCAAUAAAUAAUGCAGUUGUACCAUUAAAAUGGGAUCGUCAAUCUUCAGUCAUGUAGCAGACAGGUCAAAUAUGCUAAAUACUAUACUGCAUGCGUGUUGGUGGUCACUCAACCGGUAACAGGUUUAUACUCGUCGUCAAUCCAAUAGAGCUGCAYGUUUUCGUUGUCAUUCUGAUCGAUUUAAUCACCAUCAACAGUCCUCUUAYACCAAACAAUAUGGCAGACAACAAGAGAUAUCUAUCAGUAUUUGAAGUUCGUGUCAGAUCAUUGAAUCCAUGGACUUUACCAUCGUGUGUUCUUCCUGUAAUGCUUGGCACACUCCUUGCUUGGAAGUCAAGCAACAAGUUCGAUCCAUUCAUCUUAGUGCUGUGUGGUUUAGUGAUCAUCGGUACUCACGCAGCGGGAAACUUUGUUAGUUCUUACUACGAAGCAAGAACCAGACGUUUUUACUCAUCUGCCAUUGAGCGUUAUUUAAYAAUACAAGAAUCAGCUCGUUGUGCUGUUGUUUCUUAUUGUAUUGUCAUCCCUACAUUUGCGUUUCUUCUGGUAUUCUCUGGAGCAAAUCUYUGGCAGGAGUUGAUUCUUUUUGUAGUCGGUUUUCUGAGCUCUGUUUUGUUUGGCAACUACUUGAAGAACCUGGCUUUAGGGGAGCUAGCAGUGAGCGCCGUCUAUGGGCCUUUGUGUGUCAUGUUUGCUUACGCUGUUCAGGUUGGACCAACCAGGGAGCUCUCUAUACAACUACUGGCACUUUAUUCUCUACCUCUGGCACUAAAUACUGAAUGUCUACUCCACAGCCAGAACAUUCGCUCAAUCAAAUCUGACAAAGAAAGAGGCGCUGGUACACUAGCCGUAUUGCUAGGCAACCAYAUUGCAAUGACGGUGUUUCCACUUCUUCUUCUAAGUCCUCACAUAGUGACAUCAAUCCUUGGUAUUUACGUAUCCAAGUACUUCUUCUUUCCACUUCUAUGUCUGCCACUUGCAAUGUUAGCCAUUCCGUCCUACGACCAAGAAGUGUUGGUCCUACCUCAAAAGACGUCUAUUGUAGGCAUAGUGUUUGGCGUACUUUACUUACUAAGUUUUUUAUAUAACGGUAAUAAUCUAGUUGUUUAAUAGUUUUUAGUUAAUUGGGAAUAAGCUUUACAUGAGUUCACACGAUGAGGAUUCAGGUCUUCUCUGCUGGCAGCCAUUUUGUGAUUUUUGACUCUUGUGUUAUUUUUCGCAAACAAAGUUGUCAUAAAUAAAUAAUAAUAAAUAAUAAAAGAUAAUAAUCAUAUAUAAACAAAUCUAAUUCUCAGGGCAUGUGCAAUCCAUUCGCUUUGAAGCGCUGACUAGAGAUAACGCAGGCCCACAGACCAAUCUUACACUGGUCUCAUACGCUAGUAUGUCAACGCAUGCGUGAAGUGUUUUAGGUAGAAUAAUCAUAUAUCAUUUAAUAAACUUAAAAUAGAAGAUAUUUURAAAUGUAACUUAAAUAAAACAGUGKUUAUACGGUUUCCCCCACCCGGAUCCCGACGACCAUUUUCCGGCGUCGUUUCRCGGGCCCUAUUUAUAAUUUUUAGUUUUGAAAGAAUACUUUGAAUAACAAUUAUCGUCAUUAUAGCUAACUAAACGAAUAAACUUACAAGUUGCUACCAA